AUGCGGAUGCCGUUGAGGACUCGAGGGUAUUGCCCACGGCCUGGCUGCUUUCAAUCUGGAGUCCGGAGCAGCUUGUUGUCUGCAGUGCGAUUCAAUGCUACUGCAGCACCAGCAGCAACUACUACUUCUGAUAGUGCCACGACGAUUGACAUUCUCGACUCUGGUCAUAUUUCUGUCUCUGCCAAUGAAGGAAUAUUAUACAUCAACAAUAUUGCCCCGCUGCGGCUUCAAUGGCUAUACAGACUCCUCUGGUCCGGCGAGCCCCAGACCGUCAACAGAAUCCUACAGCGCGUCGACAAACCUUCAUACGCUGCCGCCGACCACUGGGCCGUCGUCCGGCGCGCAUUCCCGCCAGAUCUGCACGUUUCCAUAAAACAAGUCCUGCCGCGGCUCAACGAGGGCGGGUUGUUUGUCAAGUACUCGCUGCCCGCGGGCAAGACGAAUGAGGAUAUACUCAGUGCCAUUGAUGAAAAUCUGCAAAAAAACCCGAUUCGGCCGUGGUUCAAUCCUCUAGAUCGCGUCGAUAUUGGACGUGUGCUGGGGAAGCCGUGGAUUGAGGAUAUGUACCGGAUCCCCAGUGCGAGACUCAGGGUUGAGUUCUUGCCGUCGCCGUCGUCGCCGUCGGACUCGGCUCCCGUGGAGUUGACUCAGGAGAUGCUUUAUUCGAUAUUUCGCAGAUAUGGGAAAAUAAAGGACAUCGAGGGCCAGCCAUCAGAUUCCAAGACUCUGCCUAGAUAUGCCAUUGUGGAUUUUACGCGGGUGAAACAUGCUAUUCUGGCCAGAAGCUGUAUCCACGGCAUCAUCGUUCCCGAGACAAAAACAGAAGGUAAAAACCAGGCUCUACUCAAACUCACCUACGAACGCAAGGUGCGCGGACACUGGAUUCGAGACUGGAUUGUGAACCACCCGCGCAUCGUGAUUCCAGCCAUAGCGGCGCUGCUUGCUGGCAUCACGGUACUUAUUUUCGAUCCUAUUCGCACGUUUUUUAUAAAAAUCAAGGUCAAGUACUCGCUCAACGCAGAUGACCAGCUUCUGUGGACGUGGAUUUGGAAGGAGGUCCGCAAGGCCAAUAUUCUGUCGUUUGGCACUCGCAAAAAGGAACGCAAUGUCCUCAGGGCGAUUUGGGAUGACCGCCAAGAAGAAAUUACACAGCUGCAAUCGUGGCUAGGUGAAAACGGAACGACAUUUAUCGUCGUCCAGGGCCCCCACGGGUCCGGCAAGAGGGAAAUAGUGGUUGACCAGGCAUUGAGAGACCGCAAGCACAAGCUGCUUAUUGACUGCAAGCAAAUCCAGGACGCCAGGGGAGACGCUCAAACAAUCUCCGUGGCGGCGCAACAGGUCGGCUAUCGACCGAUAUUUUCUUGGAUGAAUAGUAUUAGCAGUCUUAUCGAUUUGGCCUCGCAAAGUAUCAUCGGGACCAAAGCCGGGUUUUCGGAGACGUUGGACUCUCAGCUGAGCAAGAUUUGGUACAAUACCUCUGUUGCGCUGCGACAAAUUGCACUGGAAAAUAAAAAGAAAGAUGAUAGGGAAAACACCCUAUCGGAAGAAGAAUAUCUAGAGGCACAUCCUGACCGACGUCCCGUCGUUAUCAUUGACAAUUUCUUGCAUGGAGCUCACGAAGGUAGCAUCGUCUACGACAAGAUCGCGGAAUGGGCAGCUGGGUUGGUUACUGGCAACACAGCACAUGUCAUUUUCCUGACUCCAGAUGUCUCGUAUUCCAAAUCUCUCAGCAAGGCCCUGCCGAGUCAAGUCUUCCGCUCGAUUUCUCUGGGGGAUUGCUCUCUCGAGGUGGGCAGGAAUUUUGUCAUUCGUUAUAUUCAAGAAAAGGAGGGCGAGGAGAAUCCAGACGGCGAUGUGAAGGCCAAGCCUAGCUUGCCACAGGGACUUGAUGACCUUGAUGAGUGUAUCAAUGUUGUUGGCGGCCGCUUGACGGAUUUGGAAUUUAUAGCACAUAGAAUCAAAGCUGGGGAAAGUCCUAAAGACGCCGUCGAACACAUCAUCGAGCAAGCCGCCACCGAAAUCCUCAAAAUGUACCUCCUCGACACCGGCGGAGGCCAAAACCGCCACUGGACGCGAGAACAAGCAUGGUUCAUGAUCAAGCAAAUCGCCGAAAACAAAGACGGAACCGCCUCGUACGGCCUCAUCUUGCUUUCCGACCUGUAUGCCGAGAAUGGCGAAGCCACGAUAUCAGCGCUCGAACAGGCCGAUCUCAUCACCAUCACGUCUGUCAAUGGCCGCCCUUCGGUGAUCAGGCCAGGCCGUCCAGUGUACCAUGCAGCCUUUAAGUAUAUGACAAGGGAUGAGCAGUUGCGAAGUCGUAUGGACCUUGGUAUUCUCAAGCUGUUGAUUGAGAAGGCGGAUAAGAGUGUCUCCAAGUAUGAGGAUGAGCUCCAUUUGUUGGGGAAUCUCAGGAAGUACCCCGUAGAGCUCAACUCGAGGAUUCAGUGGGUGUCGCAAAAACUACAGGCGUCUCAGGCUCAGUUGGAGAAGCAUGAGAAGGAGAGUGCGUCUUUGGCUAAGAUUUUGAAGACGUCGGAAUAG